AGUCGCAACGCCUGCGUCCAUCAGUUUCUCCCAAGGUCGGUCCUGCAAGUGUAACUAUCUGAUCAUGUCUCACUCAGGUGCUCAAGGCAGUGUUGGCAGCCACUCUGCCAUUGGCCUGCGCAAUAACAAGAUGUACCUCUAUGAAUUUGAGAACUUCCAAGGCCGUAGGAUGGACGUGUCCGGAGAGUGCAAAAACCUGUGCGAGAAGGGUUUCGAUAGAAUCGGCUCCAUCAGAGUAGAGUGUGGACCCUGGGUGGGUUAUGAGCAGCAGAACAUGACCGGCGAGAUGUUCAUGCUGGAGAAGGGAGAGUAUCCCCGCUGGGACACCUGGUCCAACAGCUACAGGUGUGACCGCUUUAUGUCGGUCAGACCCGUCAGAAUGGAUCCCCAGGAUCACAAGAUCUGCCUGUUCGAAUGUCCCGGCUUCGAGGGGCGUAAGAUGGAGGUGUGCGAUGAGGAUAUCCCCAGUCUGUGGUCUUACGGCUUCCAGGAUCGCGUUGCCAGCAUUCAGGUCACCGGUGGAACCUGGGUGGGCUACCAGUACCCCGGCUACCGCGGCUACCAGUAUGUGUUUGAAAUGGGCCCAUACAAGCACUGGAACGAGUGGGGAGCCAACCAGCCCCAGAUCCAGUCCAUCCGCAGGGUGAGAGACAUGCAGACGCACCGCAGGGGCUGCUUCGAGAUGGCCGCGUAAAGAGUCCAGCAGGACGGGGGUAGCGGAGGGGUCAGGGCUCGCCAUGCUGCUAACCAUCCCUUUGGGAAUUCUCCAACCGCCACCCAGCCACACAAGCACACUGGCUUUUGAAUAUUGUUGAUGCUUUUACCGGCUGGUUUUGGGAGUGUGUGGCAUCACGAACGAUUCCGAUCGUCACGGACUUCCAGAGUAACUGUAACACCGGGUAAAAACUGAAACAAUACUCUCUGUCUACAGACCUCGUGGAGAGAUUAUGGAAGGCGGAUUAUCGGGGAUAGUUUGUGUUUAUUAGUUUGUUUCAAUGCUAUUAAUCAACCUUUUAUUUUAUUUUUAUUUACUUGCCUACGUGUUUCUAGCCGACAUGACGCCAAUAAGCUGGUUCAACAAAGCGUUCUACUCCUGCACUCCUGGGAUCCACAGAUUUCAGAGAGUAAAAGGACGAACGAUCAUAUCAUUCCUCACAGAGUACCACCACGGACAGCUCUCAGCCGCGCAGUGAGUCUGCCCGGCUGAGGGAGGCAGUGUGUGCUCAUCUCAAAGCAGCCGGCUCACUUCACAGCCUGUGAACAACCAGAGAAAAGAAAAGUGGCUGCGCCGGGGUUGUUGUUUGCGGAUGUGAUUAUCUUUUGGCUUCAUCUCAUCGAUGGGGCCGUCCGGAAAGAUUUGCAUAUUACACUUUCUCAGGGAUGUCGGCAUCUGGAAAGCAACUUUCCAAUGAAGAAAAAUUAAAUAAAAAUAUUAUAAAGCUG